CAGUGCGGCUGCUACAUUUGGGCCCGAGUCCCUUCUUCAACCUUCACUGCGGCCACCGUAUCAGAGGGGCACCUUCAGCCAGCUCCGCGGCGCACAGGCAGCGGAUCCUCUACUACCAACCACUUAUAUUUAUAAACACAGACCGCUAACAUGUCCUUCCUCACUAUCAGCAGGCUGGCGCCGAGGCUGCUCAGCUCCAAGAAUGCAGCAUGUGUUGUUGUGGCUGCCAGAAAUGCCAGUGCAUCUACUAAUUUAAAAGAUGUGCUGGCAGAUCUCAUACCCAAAGAACAGAACAGGAUCAAGGACUUCAAGCAGAAGUAUGGCAAAACCAACAUCGGACAAAUCACUGUGGAUAUGGUCUAUGGUGGAAUGAGGGGCAUGAAAGGCCUAGUAUAUGAGACUUCUGUACUUGACCCUGAUGAGGGCAUUCGCUUCCGUGGCUACAGCAUUCCCGAAUGCCAGCAGCUUUUGCCAAAGGCUGCAGGAGGUGAGGAGCCUCUGCCUGAAGGACUGUUCUGGCUGCUGGUCACAGGCCAAGUGCCAACUGAGGAACAGGCAAACUGGUUGUCUAAGGAAUGGGCUAAGCGGGCAGCCCUCCCCUCUCACGUGGUCACCAUGCUGGAUAACUUCCCCACCAACCUGCACCCCAUGUCUCAGUUUAGCGCCGCUGUCACCGCCCUGAACAGUGAAAGCAGCUUCGCCCGAGCCUACUCUGAGGGAGUCCACAAGAGCAAAUACUGGGAGUUUGUAUAUGAGGACUCCAUGGACUUGAUUGCCAAGCUUCCCUGUGUGGCUGCAAAGAUCUACCGCAACCUGUACCGCGAGGGCAGCAGCAUUGGAGCCAUCGACUCCAACCUGGACUGGUCCCACAAUUUUACCAACAUGCUGGGCUACAGUGACCCCCAGUUCACCGAGCUCAUGAGGCUGUACCUCACUAUCCACAGUGAUCAUGAGGGUGGCAACGUGAGUGCUCACACCAGCCACCUGGUGGGCAGUGCACUUUCUGACCCCUAUCUCUCCUUCAGUGCAGCCAUGAAUGGCCUGGCUGGACCCUUGCAUGGACUUGCUAACCAGGAGGUGCUAGUGUGGCUGACUGCUCUGCAGAAAGAAAUGGGUGGUGAGGUGUCGGAUGAAAAGAUGAGAGAUUACAUCUGGAACACGCUGAAAUCCGGCAGGGUUGUGCCUGGAUACGGACAUGCUGUCCUGAGAAAGACAGAUCCACGUUACACAUGCCAGCGUGAGUUUGCCCUCAAGCACCUUCCCAACGACCCCAUGUUCAAGCUUGUGGCUCAGCUGUACAAGAUCGUGCCCAACGUGCUCCUGGAGCAGGGCAAGGCCAAGAACCCCUGGCCCAACGUUGAUGCACACAGCGGAGUGCUGCUGCAGUACUACGGCAUGACUGAAAUGAACUACUACACGGUGCUGUUCGGCGUGUCCCGUGCCCUGGGUGUACUGGCUCAGCUGGUGUGGAGCAGAGCGCUGGGCUUCCCUCUAGAACGCCCCAAGUCCAUGAGCACAGACGGACUUAUGACCCUUGUGGGGGCGAAGUCAGGCUAAAGAAAGCAGGCCUGCGUACUGGUGCAGAGGAGACGGAGAGAGGGAAGAGAGGUUUAACUAUAUUAGAAUCAGGAUCCUGGGCCGAGGGAUUGAAAGAGACAGUACACUUUUAAAAUUCAUCGAAAAAGAAAACGGACCUUCAGUACUAUUAUUGAUUUUUGUCUUGCAAAGGAGACAAAAAGAGAGGGACAGGUACACUAGAAACACAUAUUAAAACACUUUCUAAAAUUAGUAUAUUUAGUACACAGAACCUUGUUGUUCUUAUUGACCUCUUCUUGUAAUUUAUCCCACACCAGUAUUGAUUUACAGACUUUUACUAUUUUUUUUUUUAAAGUGUUCAGUGGGAUAACCGGCUUUUCUAAUGAACACUGUAGUGUAGGAGCAUUUAGUUAUUUACAAAUUCAAAGCUUUUUUCUUUUUUUUUUCUCUCGAUUGUGUGUAUAAAAAAAAAGCCUUUGCUGGAAUAAACUGACAGAUAUCGUA